AUGUUUGUUGCGGCGCUGGGCGCUGUUGUCCAUCAGGUACAAACUGUUGUGGAGAAGGCUGUUGUGCAAAUAAAUGCUGUGGUGAUCGUUGUAUCCAUUCGGACACUCCAUGCAACUCAGAAUCUGAGUCCUGUACCUAUCACAUCAAUUGAAGUCCUUUACAAAACUGGUUUUAUCACUCCCAUGACAUACACAGGCACAUUAUUGGUCAAUGGCAUUGUAACUUCAUGUUAUGUGAAACACUAUAAUACAUACAAUGAAAUACACGCAAUAUUUUAUCCAUUUCGAUUGUACUAUUAUCUGAUGAAAGAUAUCUUUCGUCUAACUGAUGAACCAUUUUCAGCUGGAAUGCAAGUGAACAGUCUUGUCAAAGAAAAUGAAUUUUAUGGACAUUCACUCGUUAGAAGUAUGCAUCAAUCAAAAGCGAUGGUAAAAUAUAUUGUGCAGGACUUAGUACUUCAUACGUUUUUGAACAUCUGAGAAAAAACAAGUGUUAGAUCUAAGUGGGACACAAAAGUUUUGAAACGAUUUUUUCCUCUUGGCUUGUCUCUUUUUUUGCUUUUCACCAAAAUAAAUCUGUUUAACCAAAAGCGAAAUGGCUGAGUUAGACCGUAACCGAAGAAAGUAGAAUGAGAAUAGUGCAGUGAUGGGAAAGUCAAGUCAUUUUUGACUUGAUUUGACAUGAGCUAGCCUCCAAAAAUGUGCCCCAUGACUUGACUUGAUGCCAGUUUGAAAAAUUACCUGACUUGGCUUGAAAAAAAUUUCUGAUGACUUGAUUUGAUUUUGACUUGAAAUAGCUAAGACUAGCAUGUCUCUGGAAUAGUGGUUUUUGAAAGCUGAAAAAUGUGGCAUUUUCUAUAUUAGGAGACAUGACUCAAACUAGUCAUCCAAGUAAAAAGAAGUAGGCCGCAUAAGAUUUGAAAUCGGCCCACUAAACUAUUGUUAUUUUAUUGCCUCAAAGUAUCCAGAAUUCAUCAAAUUUAUCUUAUUCAGUGCUUUCGACUUUAUCAGACGACGACUAGGACAACCUUGUAAGAUAAUAUUAACUGACGGAUACUUGUAAAUAUAAAAAUGUAUAUAUUUUCAUCGUUUGGGUAGAGUACCCUAAGUGUUGUUGUGGCACUAAACGCUGUGAAUAUUGUUUAAUCAUUCUAUCGGAAAUAAGUCUGAAAGAAUUCAAAUAUGUUUGAAGAGAAAAACCAAAAAAAUGUAUUAUGUUUGUUCAUUUGUUUUGGUGUAAGCAUUAAAAAUAGUGAAGUCGUUAGUCAAUAAAGUGCUUCAAAGAAAAUGCUUUUUAUUUACUGUAUAUAAAUUUUACUUGAGACUGGCUAAUUCAAGGCUAAACAACAUACAGUUAAACGGUUGUAAUUGUAAAGAAAUACAAGCCCUUUGGCAUAAGGUUCAUAGAAAAGCAGAGAACUAACUAAUAUGAUGUUGAAUAUUGAAAAUUCGAGUGUCAGUAGCAUACUUAAAUAUUCUGAUCAGUGGCUGUAGUCUGUAGCGUUAUUUACGUUUUAUGUAUAUGUAUUUAUGAGUUCUUGGAGCGGUACACCAACGCUUCUGCGAACGACGUUUCCGCGAAUGAAAUUCCUUUCACAGUCACUCUCACGCAGCUUACUGCCACCACAUUUCAAUUAACGGAAGAGUCGUUUCGUUGAAAAGUCGAUUCGCGGAAGAGUCG